CCUCCUCCUCCUCCUCCUCCGCUGCAGCCUGACUCCGACACAACCGGCAUGUCUGCAAACCGGGAGGCUCGAUCUGUCCUUAAUUUUUUUUUGACGCAAUAACUAAUACAUUCCGUGUUACUGAAGAAGAAGAAGAAAAACUGGUUGUAGACCCGCAGCGCCCUUCCUCCCCCUUCCUGAUUUGGGCUGAGAAAGACUCGGACGAGGAUCCAAAUCAAGGUCCGUCCGUCCUCAAUAACGUGACCAGCUGAAGGAAGAGAACACAGAACUGCUUCAUCAUGAAUUUUAUAAUGAAAGCUGCACUGGGAGGAGGCCCUCCUGAUGUGGGCAAGAUGCUGGGCGGGGAGGAGAAGGAGGAGGACCCAGAUGCAGCAAAGAAAGAGGAGGAAAGGCAGGAGGCGCUUAGACAGCAGGAGGAGGAGAGAAAGGCCAAAUACGCCAAGAUGGAGGCUGAGAGGGAAAAUAUGAGACAAGGCAUCAGGGAUAAGUACGGCUUGAAAAAGCGCGAGGAGGCCGAGGCUGAGGCGGCAGCCGCAGCAGAGGAGCCUGCGGCCGGCAGCUUGACCCGACCGAAGAAGGCGGUGCCCACCGGCUGCGGGGAUGAAGAGGAGGAGGAGAGCAUCAUGGACACAGUGAUGAAGUAUCUGCCGGGUCCACUGCAGGAUAUGUUAAAGAAGUAAGGCUAGCAGCUAGCCAGUGCGAGUGCUAUCUGAAGUCGUUACCAGGUUGGCUUCAAUCCCAAAACUCAUGAUCAGAUUAGCAUUGUAAAUGAUUCAAAUUUGGUUUAUUCAAAGCCAUGUGGCGAUUAUUAAAAGAUCUGAAAAGUGAAUUGCUGUCAUGCUAAGGUAGAUUGGGCAACUGGCCGGUUGUGUGUUAGCUUAGAAGCUAACAUCUAAAAAGGGGCCAUCGACACGAUUUGAAACAGGCUGCCCUUUUCCUCGACUACUUUAAACUCAAUUGAAGAGCUUGAAGCAACAACACGGUGUUCUCCUUCACCUCGCUGUUCACUUUAAUUGUACAUAAACAAUCUAUAUAACAAGCCUCAAGCAAGGCCAAACAAUCAAAUAUAUCCAUUUAUUAUACUGUGUCUGUCUCAACUAGAAAAUGUGAUGACUUGAUAAGCCAUAUUAAAAAAUAUAUAUAUUUAAAAGAAUUUGUGUGCUCUUAAAGCUACCGUUUGUGUUUGUGUCGAGUUUAUGUCAAGCCGUUUUGCACAGCGUUGUUCCACAUUCUCCGUGAAGUGUUGUCUUUGUUAGACGUCGAGGUGUGCCCACCUUUGUGUAGUGUAGGAAAUGUUCAGUGUGUCUCGCAUGCCAUUUGUCUUGACGAGAGCGUGAUGAUGUACAAGCCUUUUUAUCCUCUUCUUCAUUAUGCAAAAAAAAUAUCAAGGCAAUAACUCCUGAGUUUGUGUUUUCCCUCCUGUCAAUGUAACCGUGAAUGAAAUAAGAAUGAUAAGAAAAUAAAGCAUUUAGGACAUUUAAUUGACAGGUUUGCAGAGGAUUGUUUUGUCGUUUAAAAACAGGACUGUCGUAGUGUUUCUGACACCAGACAAGCUUUCAGCCAUAAAACCGCCAAUUGGGCAGUAAGUACUGUCAUAUAACAGGGAGAGAACAGUGAAUGACUUUUGACAUCAGUUUUGAAAGUAGAUGACAAUUCCGGUUUUGUUUCUUCUCUUAAUUUGUGGAUAAACAUGGCAUUCGUACAUUGAGUGGCACCGAAGUGACCACAUGGUGAUUAAAAUAGUAGUGUUCAAAUGAUGUUUGAUUUAUUGUUGUAUUUGAGAAAGAGCCGCUGAGGCGAUAUAGACCGUCAUGAGCAAUAAAGGAUUAUUAUGUAUGUUUCUGCCUGAGAAUCAAUAAAAAUCUUGUUCACAUCA